AAAUGAAGUACGAAUGCGACUUGUUGUCGAAAAUUCCGCGAGAAGAAGGGCCUCGCCUGUUGCGGGAGCCGGACGCCGCGUGGAUGCUGGUUCGCAACUUUUUGGCGUUCGACGCGCGCGAGCCUCGCUCGAUUUACGUGGUCGAGCUGCGGGACGAGGAUGGCGCUCGGGAGUCCUGGAUAGAGCGGAUGGAAGGGCAGAUUUUGCGCAUGUCGGCCGUCUCCUCGUGUUGUGCGCACCUGACCACGGACGCGUGGCCCCGCGUCGGCGCGACUCGGCCGAGCUUUGCGAUGGAACAGGACGAAGUCAGCUACAAGGAGGGCAUUCGACGCUGCCUAGAGAGGAUCGGACAGGGCGAAAGCUAUGAGCUUUGUCUCACGAACAAAGUCAUCGUAGACCCGUUCCCACUGGAGCCGUACAGCGUUUACCGGUAUUUGAGGAAGGUCAAUCCGGCGCCCUACGCGGCCUGGCUGGAAUUUCCGAGGUUUUGGAUUCUGUCGAGCUCGCCCGAGAAGUUUCUGACGGUCGGCUCGGACGGCUGGGCGACGAGCAAGCCCAUCAAGGGAACGGCGCCUCGGGGGAGGACGGCGGAGCAAGACGAAGAGCUGAAGAGGGGGCUGAAGGCGAGCCAAAAAGAGUUUUCGGAAAAUUUGAUGGUCGUCGAUUUGGUACGACACGAUCUCGGAAAAGUUUGCCGAAUCGGCAGCGUUGGCGUCCCGGAGCUGAUGAAGGUGGAGAGCUACCGCACGGUGCACCAACUGGUCAGCAGAGUAACGGGGAGGCUCCGAGGCGACAAGAGCGCGCUGGACUGCGUGCGAGAGAUGUUUCCGCCGGCGAGCAUGACCGGGGCCCCGAAGUUCCGGUCGGUGAGGAUUUUACAAGAAUUGGAGAAGUUCAAACGUCGCGGCGCGUAUUCAGGAGCCCUGGGCUACGUGUCGCUUUCCGGAGAGUGCGACUUGUCGGUGGUGAUUCGGACGGCGGUCAUUUGGAGGCGCGGGGCGGGCUCGGUCUGCGCGGUGGGGUGCGGGGGCGCGAUCGUGGCGGACAGCGACGCGGAGCGAGAGUUCGAGGAGGCGCUGCUGAAGGCGAAUUCGCUGUUGUACGCGACGGUCAAGGCGUUUUACGACUGCGCCACGCGGGGCGAGACGAGCGCGGGGAGCCAGGCGGAGGACGUGCCGGGGAGCUCGUCUCGGGGCCCCGCGCGGGCGGAAGGCGCGAGUCGCGAUCCGGCAGGCGGCAGCGAUAGAGGAGCGGAGCGGAUCGUUGACGGGUUCGAGCUUUUUUUCUCGCCAAUUCGAAAAACGUUGUACCGCACAAUUAGUCCUGUGUUCGUCGAAGCGUGCGACCCGGAGGCGAGGGUGCCGAUCCGCUGGGUGGGGUCCCGGCCGGAGCGGUUCGACGGGGUCAGGUAUCUGGAGGAACUAGGGCCGAGAGGAGUGGACCUCGGGUUGGAGAGGAUUCGGUCCGUGUUGAGUUUUUUUUCGGACCCACAAGAGGCGUACCCGAUUAUCCACGUGACGGGGACGAACGGGAAGGGUUCGGUUUGCGCGACGCUCUCGUGCAUACUGGAGGAGGCCACGUACGAAGUGGGGUUGUUCACGUCUCCAUUUUUGCUCAGCUGGCGCGAGUCUAUAUGUGUGAACCAAACCCCCAUACAAGCGAGCGACUGGGACUGGACUUUGUAUAGGAUAUACGAGGCGACUUCGGAGCUGAGGGUCGAGCUCAGCCAAUUCGAGGCGUUGACGGUCUGCGCGUUCCUGCACUUUCGCGAUCGCCGCGUGGACGUGGCGGUGGUGGAGGUGGGCAUGGGCGGCCGCCUGGACGCGACCAACGCGGCGACAAAGAGUCUGGUGUCCGUGGUGACGUCCGUCGAUUACGACCACGAGGCCUUUUUGGGGAGUACUCUGGGCGAGAUUGCCCGCGAAAAGGCAGGGAUAUUGAAGUUCGGGUGUCCGGCGGUGGUGUCGAGGCAAGUUCAAGGGGAGGCGCUCGAGGUGAUCAGAGAAGCGGCGAAGCGACUCAACGUGUCGCUCGCGAGCGACGAGCUGGCUCCGUCGGCGCUGACCUGGGAAGGCGCGCAGAUCGAUCCGACGCUCUUCUCGCUGAGGGGGCGAGAACAGCUCGCCAACCUCGAAGUGGUGGCAACGGUGCUGAAGGCCGUCAAGAGCCAAUUUAGCCUGAUCGACCUGAAAUCCAUAGAAUCCGGCCUAACGAAGGUGAGAUGGCCCGGUAGAAAGCAACACGUGAUAUGGACAAACGGCGUGCGCAUAUUAAUUGACGGCGCCCACAAUCCGAGCGGCGUUCGAACGCUUCGACAUUUUUUGGACGUUCAGCACCCAAAUCAAAAAAUACAGUGGAUCAUAGGCAUGAUUUCCACUAAAAGCCACAGGCGAUGCCUAGAGCAGCUCCUGCGUCCGGGCGACUCGGUCUGGACCGUCCCCGUAAUCCCGAACGUCUCGUGGCUUCACUCCGUCGACCAGCGCGCCUUGUUGUCUCUCGCGCGCGAGGUGGAAGAAGACCUCAGCGAAAGCGCCUCUUUUUCUUCCCUCGGACAGGUCCUCAGCAAAUUGGAAGACCCCGAGCGGGACCAGAAGGGCCUCGUGCCCGUCAUGACGGGAUCGCUCCAUCUCAUCUCCAACCUCCUUGAACUCGUCCACGCGCGUCGGAUACAACCGUUCGGACUUCCAGCACCGAGGUUUCGUCUGCUCGAAACCGUCCUGUGGUCCCCGGCGCCCGACCGGCCCCUGUCGCGAUUCUCGGACUUGGAAGACCACUUGAAGCGACUAAAGCGCUCCGCGCAAUGCUUCGGCUUCAAACUUCACCUCAACUACCUGAGGACCUGUCUGGCGCACCACUCGGCAGAGUGGAAGCGAAGUCACGCGCACGCGCUGAAAGCUCGCAUACUCGUGAGCCAAGACGGGGACGCGUCCGUCGAGGCCUCGCCACUCCGACCAACCAACUCGCCCUACAAAAUUCAGAUCUGCAAGUUUCCAGUCGACUCGAACAACGUAUUUCUCCGCCACAAGACGACCAACCGCAGUCUGUACCAAUCCGCCCUCGCCUCCGCCUCGCCCCAGGCCGACGACGUCGUCCUCUGGAACGAACGCAACGAGAUCACCGAAACGACCAUCGCCAACGUCGAGGUGAAACUCCCGAGCAGCGACGGACGCGUCCAGUGGGUCACUCCUCACGCAUCGAGCGGACUCCUGAGAGGAAUCGAAAGGGAAAAACGCAUCCAACGAGGAGAAGUCCUGGAAAAAGUCAUAAAAAUCGAGGAUAUCGAGGAUCGCGAAAUCUACCUAAUCAAUUCACUGAGAGGAAGAUGGAAAGCGGAAUGGGUCGACUCUGCUCCAGCUCAAUAGAAGGUCCUAUAAAAAAAAAAAAAAAAAAAAAAUGGUACAAC